GGAAUUGUUAGAUACCACAAGCGACUGUUUAAGUGCGCUAACAAAUCUUAAUAUCGAUGUGAGUACAUGGGACGUUAUCAUCAUCCAUAUCGUAACGUUCAAAUUAGAUAAUGAGACCAGGAAACAAUGGGAGUUAAGCGUUUCUAACAUUUCCAGCAACGAAUUGCCAACCUUUCAGCAGUUUCAAACGUUUAUGGAAAGUCGGUUUCGGGCGCUAGAAUGUAUCGAGCCCAGGAAAGCUGUCGGAUACCAGGUCAGUAACAGUUCACACGCGCAUAGCUCUAAAGUGAUGAUAGCCACAAAGUCAUCCUAUAUUGUACGUUGCGAAUACUGCUCGGAACCUCACAAGCUCUGUUUCUGUAAAAAAUUUGCUAAACAGUGCAUAGUAAGUAGGCGCGAGUUUGUAGCAAAGAAUAAAAUAUGCUUCAAUUGUUUAGGCAGCAAUCAUACAGUGUACGACUGUAAAAAGCAGACCUCCUGUAGAGUUUGAAAAAAGCGCCAUCAUUCCUUGCUGCACCCUUACGGAGAGCCAGAGAAUAAAGGCCAAGAUGCAGCAGCAACGCCUAUGGUGGAUAGCACUAGUUCUUCGACUAGUGAUAAUCCCAUUGUGACGUGCUUGUCUACAGGUAAGGUUCCCAAGCCCAGACAAGUGUUAUUAGCUACUGCGUUAAUAAAAGCCGAGUCAAAGACUGGUGAAUUCCAGACUGUUCGAGCCCUUCUUGAUCCAGGCUCACAAGCUUGUUUUAUAACAGAAGCUACUGCCCAAUUUCUUAGUCUUAAGAAAAUUCCAGUUCAAGGACUUGUUUCAGGUUUAGGCAAUAAUCAAUCAAUUAUUGCGAAGCACAUGGUACAGUUUACAAUCAAAUCAACAGUCCAUGUUGAUUUUCAACUUAAGAUAAAUGCCUACGUCUUGAGUAAGAUCACAUCAUACUUACCUGAGCGAUGUAUUCAACCAAGUUCAUUUGAUUGGAUUGACAUCAACGGUCUGUGUUUGGCAGAUCCUAAGUUCAACACACCCAAUAAAAUAGACAUAUUAUUGGGUGCAGAUGUUUAUGGUUACAUCGUCAAGGAAGGCAUAAUUAAGAGUCCGUCUGGUACUCUUAUGGCACAGAACACCACUUUAGGGUGGGUCCUUUCCGGUGUUGUCAGUUCGGAUAUUGAUAGGUCAAGGCAUCACAUUAAAAAUAUAACCGUUCAUAAUGCACAGUUCAACGAAGAUCAACUCCUGAAAAAGUUUUGGGAGAUAGAAGAGCAAACUAGUACAAAGAAAAUCUUAAGUCCAGAAGAGCAAAAAUGCGAAGAAUUAUAUAGUAAAACUACUAAGCGAGGUGAUACAGGAAGAUAUAUAGUACACUUACCGUUCCGCGAUGAUAAUCCUGAAUGUAAGGCCGGAGGUUCUCGUGAAAUAGCUGAAAUAAGAUUCAAAUCGUUAGAAAAAAGAUUAAAUAAGAACACAAAUUUAAAACAAAGGUAUACAGAAGUAAUUAAUGAGUAUUUACAAUUAGGACAUUUAAGAGCUGUAAAAAGCGACGAUAAUAAAAUGAAUGAAGCGGUUUACUUACCCCAUCACGCGGUUAUUAGAGAAGAUAAGACCACGACGAAGGUACGUGUUGUGUUUAAUGCUUCUGAAAAAAAUAAAAAGGGAGUAUCGCUCAACGACACUCUGAUGGUUGGGCCGACACUACAAGCCGACUUGAGGCAUACAAUUAUGCGAUGGAGAGAACAUGCUAUUGGUAUUGUGGCGGACAUCGUUAAAAUGUACCGUCAAAUUAGGGUAACUGAGGAGGACGUCGUAUAUCAAAGAAUACUCUGGCGUGAUGAUCCAAAAAAACCAAUAAAGGAUUAUGAGCUGCUAACGGUGACUUUUGGAACAGCCUCGGCACCGUAUCAGGCAGUUCGAACACUACAUCAAAUCGCAUACGAUGAAGGAGACAAGUAUCCUCUGGCGGCUGCUAAAGUCUUAAAUAAUUUUUAUAUGGACGAUUUAAUGACUGGAUGUGAUAGUAUAGAAGAAGGCGUAGAAAUCUGUAAACAAAUGAUGGAAUUACUGGAGAAGGGUGGCUUUACAUUGCAGAAGUGGAACAGUAACAAUCAAGAAUUAGCUGAUAAGAUUACUUCAAUACAGCAAACAGGUCAAAUAAAAAAUGAGGACAAUCAUAGGGAUAAGGACAAAGAGAACAUAUUAUUAAAGGAAAAAGAAAUACAGACCAAGAGCAUAGAAAUUAAACUAGAUAGUACUAUAAAAAUUCUGGGACUUACCUGGAACCGCUUAAAUGAUACCUUCCUAUACUCGGUGAAUCUCCCGCCGCCAACAUCUACAUCUGUAACAAAAAGAUUUAUAAUAUCCGACAUAGCUCGCUUGUUCGAUCCAUUAGGUUGGUUAGCGCCUAGUAUAGUCCUAGCAAAGAUGUUUAUUCAGAAGUUAUGGCUGACAGGUGUUGGUUGGGAUGAAGUUUUAAGCCCUGAAUUAGUAACUGAGUGGAAGACUUACCGCGAAGAGGUGUCAUUACUUACCAAAGUGCGGAUACCUCGGUGGCUUGGUACAAGUUCGACUGACGAUCGGGAGCUGCACGGGUUUAGUGACGCUUCCAAAGCUGCGUAUUCAGCCGUAGUUUACUUGAGAAUUAUCGAUUCUACAGGUAAAAUUCAAGUUGCGUUGUUGGUUGCAAAAACUCGAGUAGCCCCCAUUAAGCAAAUAAGCAUUCCACGCUUAGAGUUAUGUGGUGCAGUACUGCUAUCAAAGCUUUUGAUAGAAACCGCACAAGUACUCAAUAUUUCAAAAGAGAAGAUAACAGCAUGGACCGAUUCUACAGUGGUACUAUCAUGGCUUAACAGCCAUCCUAGCAGGUGGAAAACCUUUGUAGCGAAUCGGACCUCUGAAAUAUUGGACACAAUGAGUUCAUCUCAAUGGUUUCACGUCUCAACCAAAGAAAACCCUGCAGACUGCGCUUCUAGGGGAAUGCUACCUAAUUUAUUAGUUAAUAAUAAAUUAUGGUUUUCUGGACCUACAUUUCUAAAAAAUAAUAUUAUUGAGUACGAAAGGCCAAAGGAUUUAAAUAUAGACUUAGAACAAACGAUAAAAGUACACACAACUGUCGGUCCAGAACAGAUUAUAUUCAAAAACUAUUCAUCGCUUAGAAAGUUAGUCAGAGUAGUCGCAUAUUGUCGAAGAUUUUUUAAAAGGAACACUUAUAAUAAUAAAUAUUUAACAAGUCAGGAAAUAGAAGAAGCUUUAGAAAGCUGUAUAAAAAAUGUACAAAAAGACAUAUUUACAAUAGAAUAUACACAAUUAAAAGAUCAUGGUUAUUUAAAAUUAAAAUCUAGUAAAUUGAAAUCACUCUGCCCUUUUCUCGACAAAAAUGACGUGAUAAGAGUUAGGGGUAGACUUGAAAAGUCCGAGCUGACUGAAGCGAUGAAGCAUCCCAUAGUCUUACCACAUUCCAGCUAUCUUACUCUCCUGAUAAUUGCUGAUGCGCAUGAGAAAACUCUGCACGGUGGACCUCAGGUGAUGGCAAACUUUUUAAGGUCAGCCUAUUGGAUAAUAGGUGCUAGAAGUCUGGUACAGCAAUAUGUACGUAAAUGUGUCACAUGUGCCAGACAGAAAGCAAACGUUAGAAACCAACUGAUGGGUUCCCUCCCAUCAGUCCGCUGUACUCCAGCGAGACCAUUUUUACAUAGCGGAGUAGACUAUGCUGGGCCUAUCAAUAUAAGGACGACAAAGGGACGUGGGCACCGUUCCUACAAAGGGUACAUAUGCUUGUUUGUGUGCAUGUCCACUCGCGCUAUUCAUUUGGAAGUCGUCAGCGAUAUGAGCACACAAGCAUUUUUAGCUGCGUUUCGUCGAUUUGUUUCGAGACGAGGUCACUGCGCUAAAUUAUGGAGCGAUAACGGCACCAAUUUUGUAGGUGCAUCCAGAGAGUUGCAACAGUUGGCAUCUAUUCAGCCGUCUAUCGCAGAACACCUGGAGGCCAACCAUACGGAGUGGCAUUUUAUCCCGCCGCAUGCUCCCAAUUUCGGUGGUCUUUGGGAAGCGGGGGUAAAAGCUACUAAGUUUCACCUUAAAAGGGUUAUUGGCGACGCUACACUCACUUACGAGGAAAUGACUACACUCCUCAAUCAAGUGGAAGCCUGCUUGAAUUCGCGACCGAUUAGCGUUCUUAAUUUUAGUGAUCCUGGUGAGCCCUUGCCUUUAACCCCAGGACAUUUCCUUAUCGGAGAAUCUAUAGUGAAUGUACCUGACAAAAAUUAUAAUAGUUCAAAUGUAAGUUAUUUGACUAGGUGGCAAUUCGUUCAAAGGAUGUUACAGUCAUUCUGGAAACGCUGGUCACAAGACUAUUUGUCGAACCUUAUGAAUAGAUACAAAUGGUCUUCUCAAGUUCCGGAGCCCAAUAUAGGAGACAUCGUAUUAAUUAAAGAAGACGACUUACCACCAAGUCGCUGGCUAUUAGGUCGUGUUGUACAAAAGCACCCAGGUGAUGAUAAUGUCACACGUGUAGUCUCAGUGCGGACUAAAUUCUCGACCAUCAAAAGACCAACGUCAAAGUUAUGUGUUUUACCAGUUACGGUUUAAUGUUACAUAGUUAGUCCAUUUUAUUUACAAUAUUUUUAUGUAUGUUUAGACCAAAAAGGGAUUUUUAUUUAGCGUUAGUUGUGUUUAGUUAUAUUAUUAAUAUUUAAGGUCUACAUGUUAAGUUCAUGUAUUUUAAGUUCAAAAUACCAUCCCAUAAGUUCAUCGUCAUUGUACUUAAGAAGGACAUUCCGUCAAUAAUGUCCUUGGUGGGCGGUAUGUUCAAGAGCAAAAUGUAUUAUAAUAGUAAUUAGUUAAACCAUAGCGCGAUAGAUG